AGCUUUUAGGCUGUCAAGGGUUUGUUUUUUCUCUGUUCGACUUCGCAUAGUUUUGGACUCUUCGCCUUCUCAGACGAGGUUACCUUGCUGUCGGAUCGGUAGUCAGGACAGUUCGACGACCUUCUUCCUGCUGGAUUGGAAGCAACGACGGGAGCUUAGUGGCUGCGAAGGAUUUAGCUCAAAACCUGCUCAAAUUAAAUCUUGCUACCGAACAGCCCCAAAUUGUGUUCGUCGCUGAGGAAUGUCUUACUUGCUACCGCAUCUGCACUCAGGAUGGGCAGUUGACCAGGCAAUACUGGCUGAGGAGGAACGCCUCGUCAUCAUUCGAUUUGGUCAUGAUUGGGAUGAAACUUGCAUGCAGAUGGACGAAGUUUUAGCCUCAGUUGCUGAAACUAUAAAAAACUUUGCAGUGAUAUACCUGGUAGAUAUCACAGAGGUACCUGAUUUCAAUACAAUGUAUGAAUUGUAUGAUCCGUCCACAAUUAUGUUUUUCUUCCGUAACAAGCAUAUUAUGAUUGAUCUUGGCACUGGUAACAACAAUAAGAUCAACUGGGCGAUGAAGGACAAGCAGGAGUUUAUAGACAUUGUUGAAACUGUCUUUAGAGGUGCCAGAAAAGGGCGUGGCCUGGUCAUUGCUCCUAAAGAUUACUCCACAAAGUAUCGCUAUUAAGUUCACUUGUUCAACUGUCAUGUAAUUGGUAUAUGUUUACACACCUAUUAAGCUAUAUUGACAUGUUGAUUUCGUAAUACCUUUCUUUGUUCUGUACUGUUUAAACUCUUCUUUGUCGAUGCUGCCUUAAAAACGAGCAUGCCUAAGCUCUUUGUAGUUAUUUAUGACAGUGUUGCAGUUUUAAUAGUAUUAUUAUUCCAUCCUAUUAGAAAUAUUUUUCUGA